CCUUUAUAAGCCCUCAUGCCCGUCUAUUCAUCGAAAUCAAACAUCCUUUCAUUCUGUUUGGCUUCAAAUCUUCCUACAAAAUCUAGGGUUAAAGUUUCAGUUUUCGAUAGAAGGAUGAGUUCUACUGGCGGUACGACAAAGGGAGGCAGAGGUAAGCCGAAGUCAUCGAAGUCGGUGUCGCGAUCGCAAAAGGCUGGGCUUCAGUUCCCAGUCGGUCGUAUUGCUAGGUUCUUGAAAGCUGGAAAGUACGCUGAGCGAGUCGGGGCCGGAGCUCCCGUCUACCUCUCUGCUGUGCUUGAGUAUCUCGCUGCCGAAGUAUUGGAGCUUGCAGGGAAUGCGGCGAGGGACAACAAGAAGAAUCGUAUUGUGCCGAGGCACAUACAAUUGGCAGUAAGGAAUGACGAAGAGCUGAGUAAGCUUCUGGGGACAGUUACAAUCGCCAGUGGAGGUGUCUUGCCUAACAUUCAUCAGAAUCUGCUUCCCAAGAAGGUUGGCAAAGGAAAGGGAGAAAUUGGCUCUGCUUCGCAAGAGUUUUAAUCUGCUUUUAGGUUUUUUUUCUAGGUUAUGUUUUCCUGGCCUUGUAAUAUAACAAAAAGGAUGAGGAGUUUGGUUAACUGGGAUUUUGAUAUGUUAGGGUUUUAUAAUCAGCUUUGUGAUUAAUCAAUCAGUCUAUGCAAGUUUUAUUCA